AUACCGUACCGCCGGCCGGCACGAGCUAGCUCUGGACGAGUCACGAGUACGGUACGCUAUCGAAGACUCGAGGGUGUUCGUUUUAAGUUAUUCUUGUUAAGCUGUUGCAGUCUGAUGAAUAGACCUUGAAGCGAUAUGGAAAUGGACCAACUUGUGAACCAAUAUUUUGAAAUGAUCCCACUUCGACACUUGAGUUGGGGGGAUGCCUUUAAUUCAGCUGCUCCUUCGCUAGAGAAACAACAGAACAUUCUCAAAAAGACUUUGAUGUCAUCCGUGUCCAGAGAUUUCCCUCCAACACUCAAAUACAGAAGACUCUUCGCCAAGCACAUUUUGAAACAGUGUGAGGAGUAUGGUGAAGAGAUAGCAGAAGAACUGUAUGAGGUAUACUCCACAUUGGUGGCACAGAAUGAGACAGAGGAUCAGAAGACAUUCUUCAAGACAUACAAACUGCCAUCAGGUAAUCUUGUCACUUUGAAGGAAUCACUUCACCUUGUAAGCAAUGGAACCACUGGAUUGAUAUCAUGGCCUGCUGGUCAACACAUGGUUGAAUGGGUAGCAGAGAACACUCAUAUCUUUCAGGACAGGAGAAUACUGGAGCUUGGGAGUGGUUUAGGAUUAACCGGUCUAGCGGUGUGUGACCUCUGCCGACCUUUGACCUACACAUUCUCCGAUUGUCAUAAUGAUGUCUUAGACAUGCUUCAAGAGAAUCUCCUAUUAAAUAUCCAUAGAAACAACUCACAGCAGAUCUCACAGGGCGAUCUAGUGAGGUCUAGGUCUGUUCCAGAACGUUGCAACGACCAAGAUGAGAGUCAAAGAACUUCCAAGACAACUCCACUUAGAACUCUUGAACAGUGUAGCAAGUGUGACGUUGGUGUAUGGUUCCAUAGAAGAAAGCAAGGUGUGCAAACCUGUGUUGAAGAGGAAAAUAGAUUGGAACAAAACAGACUUGUGGCACAGGAUGCAAAUCAAAUUCCUGCUUCAAAAACUGAGGUGUCUUUGUGUUGUUUUAAUUGGGAAGAGGUUGCAAACGACUGGCUUGAAAGUCUAAAUGCAGAUGUUAUCCUAGCGGCUGACGUGGCCUACGAUUCAAGGGUUCAACCCGCCUUGAUACGUGUUCUCGGUGCCUUGCUGUGUGGACCAAAAAAUCAACAUAGAACUGCUUACAUCGCUUCAACCAUCCGCUGCAAAGAUACCUAUAAGUUGUUCAUAGAGAGAAUUGAUGAUGCUAACUUGGUUGCUAUGGUGAUGACCUCACCUCAACAUCAUUUUUUCCAUUACGACAAGGCCUGCUCGAUAGAGAUAUUGAGACUGACGCCGAAAAGAUGACCUUUGCAGUAAAUUUUGACGGCUGAUGAAUGACUCAAUUCCAUGACCUCGGCACUUCCCACUUACCAUAGCAUAAUUUUCUUCAGCAAAUUUAUCCACACAGUGCUGCACUCUACCCAGGUGAGGUGAAUUAGUACCUGGCAGGAAUUACUUGAAAUCUAUGCUUGUGUAAUGUAAUAGGCUUGUUGGGAUAAAGCCAGGGUCAUAUUAUCCAAGUCCCUUUGGAAGCGCAUCAAGAUUUAGUUGAUACGCCUGAUAUGUGCUAUAUAAGAGGUAUAUGUUAUUUAUAAACCUUAUGGUCGGAAUAAAAUGUGAGCAUUUAAACUCAUAACCCGCAUGAACAACUUACCCUUUCUAACUUCUCUGGGAUUUUUAUGAAAUGUUUUACAGAUCCGCUCACUGUAUUUAAAAGAACUGAGACCCUUGAUUUAGGAGUAGCCAAUAUAUUUUUGUGAAAGAAAUCUUGUAAAUGAUGACAAAUCUAUGAAAGGGCAUACAAAUUUAACAUGUUGCUUAUUGACUAAGAGGUGAACUUGGUAAGAUUAAUAGUCAAAAUAGAGUGCAAUUACUUUGUGUAUUAAGAAUGAAAAUCCUUCAAUACUUAAUUAACAGUGUUAGAAUUGCAUGGUUUGGUCUAGUAACUGGCAAAUUGUGCAAUUUCAACCAAAUAUGUUAAAUCUAUCUUAGUUUUGAUAAGCCGCAACAUAAUACCAGCAUCAUAAGCUACCUAACUGAGGUAUAUAGUAUACAGGUAAGCAUACUUUACUUGUACACAAAGAAUAAUAAAGGCGUAAUUGAUUUUACAGUCAUAGAUAAAGCAUUUAUUCUGAUUCUUGCAAGAAUUUUAUGCGAUUCAUCGGAAAUAAACACAAAAGUACUUGCUUGCAGCAAAUCAAGGCAUCUGGAAAAACAACAAAAUACCAGAGGCACAUUUUUCACAGAACUUGGAAUCAAAUAGAGCAUAGUUCUUACCAAUGAACAUGAGCUAAUUUUGAUCUAUCCAUUGUCAACUAUCCAUCAUUUCUAGCUCCAUGUGCUUGUACUGUAGGUAUUAAUUGAUAGAUGCUUUGCCUGAUUAGUUGCGUGAAAAAUGUGCCAGAGGUUUCGCGAAGCUGGCAACUGUACAAGCAUAUACAACAUUUACACCAAAAAUUAAUUUAUAAAUACAUUAAGAAAUAUGUACAGAAGAUUAAUCUAUAUUUCUUUAUUUACAUAUACACACUAUGAAAUUCUGUAUAUACACGUACACUCUUUGUAUGAAAUUGUAAACAGACAAAUUUCAGGUAGCUAGAAAAUCAGCUUAAAAUAUCAUCACUCUCAUCAAUAAUUGAUACCCAUAUCUAAUGAUUACCGUGUUCAUAAAGCUCUUUAUUUACAUAUUAACAUACUAUGCAUAUUUGUUCUUACUUUACAUUGUAUAGAAUAGAAUACAGUGAAACCUAGUAAAGAAAGAAAAAAAGGGGGAUUUGUCAAUGUUCAGUAUGAUCAUGCCUCGGUUAUGAAUAAGUUGUAUCAAAACUAAUAUUGAAAUUGACAAAAUAUAUAAUUAAAAGCUUUUAAGCUAACCCCCCCCCCCCCCCCCCCACUAAUGCAAGUCUUGUGCAUUUCAUUGCUUGCCAGUUGAAUAUUUUUUUUAAAAUUAUCGCGCCUGGAAAAUUGGCUUUAUUGAGCUUCUUCACGGCCUUACUUAUGUGACAUCACGCUGCGCCAGGAGGGUUGAUAACAUGGGUUUGUAUGUAGAGAAAAUUUUUAUUUUUUAUUUUUCCCCUGGAAUUAUGCAUUCAAUUUUUUGCACCAUUAUCACAUGGAAUCCCAAGGUGAGCAUUCCUGCAUACUCAGAUUCAUUCAUGAAUCCUUAUGCUUAGGAAUAGUUUUUGCCAUGUUUUAUGUUUUUCUUAUUUGGCAUAGAUUGUGUGUAAUAGAUUUUCUUGACAUACAAAUCAUGGUCAAAUUAGUUUAAAGAAAUCACAAGAGCAUGGUCAAAAGUUGAAGUCUUUAUCCAUUCAAGCACUUGAUAUUUUCAGUGUUAUUUUCCUUUUCAAAUUGUGAUAACAGAUAUUUUAAAAAUUUAAUCUGGAAAUCAAGAAAUUAUUGACCAGGGCCCCGUCUUACAGAGAGUUGCGAUUGAUCCAAUCAAUCGCAACUAUGGACGGCCAGCAACGUCAACAUCUAUUAUGCAUGUUUGUUCAAAAUAUUUUGUAGCUUUGAUGAAUAUUCAUGCAUUCUUUGUUUUCUUAAAACUUCACUGUGCUUCUCUUUGUUUACAAAGGACAUUGUGCAAAUUUCCUGUAGAAAAAAUUAUGACACUGUUGGAUUUCCAUAGAGUUACGAUUGAUUGGAUCAAUCGUAACUCUUUGUAAGACGGGGACUGUUCUACGUCAUACCUAUGUAAUCACACCCUCCUUGCACAGUAUGAUAUCAUGUAAUUCAAGUUGUUUAGAACCACAAUAAAGCAACCUGUUAAUUUGAUGUUCUUUUUCAAGCAAAACACUCAGCUGGCAAGUGGUGAAUAUGCAUGAAACUUGCAUUGUUAUGCCUUGUAGCAUAUUAUAAUGUUUUCAAUUUGUCAGUGUUUACUUUUAGCUUUGGUUAGAGUGAGAGUUUUAAGCACAGAACCUUUCGGUCUUAACAGAUUCAUUAAAAAAAUCAUGCAACUGC